AUGUCUUUAUUUUCAAAUGAUGAUAUAGAAGUAGAAACCUGGUUAAAUAGUAAUGUACAGUCUUUUAUUCUUGUUAUAUAUGAUAAAUACAUCUUUUUAGCUUAUAAUGAAAGUCAAAGUCUUUGGAUUUCUGAAGAAGAACAACCUUUAAGAAAAAAAGAUAAAGGAUAUUCAAUUCAUAUUAGUGAAUUUCUUACAAAUGUUUAUA